UGCGCGGGAGACCUGUUGACAUGCUCGGUUGUGCGGACGACGGCGAUAGCUUCUUACGGAAGGAUCGCUUUCGCGAAGCCUCUUUCAUGGAGGCCGAGCGGCGCGCCACUCAAGACGAGGUUCACAGGGCGUCGCAAACAAUAACCGACGGUAUGCCAGCAUCAGCCAUCGACGAUGGCAGCCAGUCGGGCGCUCCCAAGAAGUAUUACCGGGCACCGCUCCACAGGAUUUUCGUCAACCGAAGCCUUCACCUGGACAAGAUUAAGUUCUUUGGUUUUGACAUGGACUAUACCAUUGCUCAGUACAAGUCCCCCGACUACGAAGCCUUCCAGUUUAGUCUGCUAGUCGACCAGCUGCUUUCCAUCGGCUACCCAACAGAGCUCAAGCAAUUCCAGUAUGACUCAACCUUUCCCAUUAGGGGUCUGUGGUUCGAUUCUCAAUAUGGCAAUCUUCUCAAAGUUGACCCCUAUGGAAACAUAUUGGUUUGCUGUCAUGGCUUCCAGUUUCUCAAGACGGGUGAGAUUUACAAGAUAUACCCUAACAAGUUCAUCAAGCUUGAUGAGUCUAGGGUAUUUGUGCUCAACACUCUGUUCAACUUGCCAGAGACCUACUUGCUUGCCUGCCUUGUUGAUUUCUUCUCCACAUCUCCACAGUAUAUCCCAACAAAGACAGGAGUGAAAAUUGGCAGUUUGUUCAUGUCAUACAAGUCGAUCUUCCAAGAUGUCCGUGGGGCUGUUGACAAUAUACACACAUAUGGUCAACUUAAGACUGAGACCAUUAACAACCUUGACAAGUACUUGGAAAAAGAUGAGCGGCUACCACUGCUACUUGAUAGGAUGCGUGCACAUGACAAGAAGCUCUUCCUGCUGACCAACAGUGACUAUGGAUACACAGCUAAAGUUAUGCAGUACCUGUUUGACUUCCCAAGUACAAAGAACCGAACCUGGGAGUCUUACUUCGACUAUAUAGUUGUCGAUGCGCGAAAGCCCUUGUUUUUUGGUGAAGGCACAAUCUUGCGGCAAGUGGACACGUCUACAGGGGCUCUGCGCAUUGGCAGCCAUAUUGGACCACUGCAACUUGGUCAGGUCUACUCUGGAGGUAGCUGUGACGUCUUCACUGAGUUUGUAGGAGCUAAGGGGAAGGAUGUUCUUUACAUUGGUGACCACAUCUAUGGAGAUAUUCUCAAGUCCAAAAAGACACGUGGCUGGCGCACCUUCCUUAUGAUUCCUGAGCUGGCCAAAGAAAUUCACGUCAGCAUUUCCCAGUGGACAUUGUUCGAGAAGCUGCAAGAGCUCGACAUUUGCCUGGGCGAUAUCUACAAGAACCUGGACAGCAGUUCAACUGAUGUGCCUGACAUUGGCAAGCUGCGUCAGUCUAUACGAGAAACAUCUCACGAGUUGGACAUGUGCUAUGGCAUCCUUGGUAGCAUGUUCCGUAGUGGUUCUCGGCAGACUUUUUUUGCUAACCAGAUCUGCCGCUAUGCUGACAUCUACGCCUUCACCUUUGUCAACCUUAUGUAUUACCCAUUCAGCUACAUGUUCCGGGCUCCUCCAAUGCUGAUGCCACACGAAUCCACCGUGAACCAUGAGCAGGACCCAGCCCACCAAAUGAAUGGUGACAGUGCAAUGGAUGGCGAGAUGUAUAUCAAGUCGACCCCUGCUGACCAGCCAGUGCGCAAGUUUUCAAAGAGCGAACAGGUGCCCCUGCGCUUUCCGGAGGCCCCAAGCCAGAUAACGCACCACCACGACACCGAUGACGAUGAUGAAGAUGCGGAGCGGGUCCCAGAGUCGCAACGCCAGUAGGCAGCUGCAUGGUGCACAUUCGCUCCCCCUUAUUAGCUCCGCGCAUAUGUGUGCAAAUGUUCUGCAAGACAGCUAGCCAAUCAGUGGCCUUAACAAGUAGUGCCGACUUGGGCUAGUCUGGUCUUGGAGGCUGCACUGCUUUGUCCAGCCGCGUGCAACAGGAGAGAGUGCGUUGGUCCUGGGUUGAAGCUGUGGCAAGCUUGUUCUUUUGAACAGGAGAUAUGUACAUUUUGUAAAUUUUUUUUAUAUAUAUGUACUAGCGCAAUCCAGUUGGCUCACUCGCUGUCUGCUCGUCUCUGCAGUAUGCAACUGUUUUUCCCUGGCAUUGUAGCUCCUUGCUCAUCCUGAAUUUCUCUUGUCUCUUGUAUUGAAUGUAAUUCUUAACUGUUUAUCUGCCUUGUACUGGCCACUUUUUAGGUAAUAAAGUAUUUUCCAAGAACUGCA